AUGUACGGCAGCGCCAGAGCGGUCGGCCACAUCGAGAGCAGCCCUGCACGGUCCCCGCGCCUGCCUAGGUCCCCCAGGCUGGGCCACCGGAGGGCCAACAGUGGGGGCGGGGGCGGUGGAGGGGGCAAGACGCUCUCCAUGGAGAACAUCCAGUCACUGAACGCUGCCUACGCCACAUCCGGGCCCAUGUACCUAAGCGACCACGAGGGAGUGGGCUCAACCGCCACCUACCCUAAGGGCACCAUGACGCUGGGGCGCGCCUCCAACCGGGCCAUGUACGGGGGCCGCGUCACGGCCAUGGGCAGCAGCCCCAACAUCGCCUCGGUGGGGCUGGGCCACCACGCUGACCUGCUGUCCUACAGCGACCUGGGCUCCCUGUCCAUGCUGCAGCACCACCACCACCACCCUCAGGGGGUGUCGUCGGCCCUGUUGCGGCAAGCUGUGAGAGGCAGUGGGGGGGAGCUCCUGGAGAUGCAGGCCACACUCCGGGACAUGCAGCGGGAGAACGAUCUGCUGAGGAGAGAGCUGGACCUGAAGGACAGCAAGCUGGGCUCGUCCACCAACAGCAUCAAGAGCUUCUGGAGCCCCGAGCUGAAGAAGGAGAGGAUGAUACGCAAGGAGGAGGCGGCGCGCACCUCCGUCCUCAAGGAGCAAAUGAGGGUGACUCACGAGGAGAACCAGCACCUGCAGCUGACCAUCCAGGCCCUACAGGACGAGCUGCGGACCCAAAGGGACCUGAAUCACCUACUGCAGCAGGAGAGCGGCGGCCGCUCUGGGGACCACUACACCAACAUCGAGCUGACCGAGGAGAACUUCAGACGGCUACAGGCUGAGCACGACCGCCAGGCCAAGGAGCUGUUCCUCCUGAGGAAGACCUUGGAGGAGAUGGAGCUGCGGAUUGAGACCCAGAAGCAGACGCUGGGGGCCAGGGACGAGUCCAUCAAGAAGCUGCUGGAAAUGCUCCAGAGUAAGGGUCUGCCUGGAGGGCCAGGCAGGGUCAACGAGGAGGAGGAGCAGGAGAGAGCCAGGCGCAUUGCUGAGGCCGAGGCUCAACUUGGACAUCUGGAGGUCAUCUUGGACCAGAAGGAGAAGGAGAACAUCCACCUCCGAGAGGAACUGCACAGGAGAAACCAGAUGCACCAGGACCCUGGCAAAACCAAAGCCCUCCAGACCAUCAUAGAGAUGAAGGACACCAAGAUAGCAUCUCUGGAGCGCAACAUCAGGGACCUGGAGGAUGAGAUCCAGAUACUGAAGGCUAACGGCUUGCUGAACACCGAGGACAGAGAGGAGGAGAUCAAACAGAUGGAGGUCUACAAGAACCACUCCAAGUUCAUGAAGACCAAGAUUGACCAGCUGAAGCAGGAGCUGUCUAAGAAGGAGUCUGAGCUGCUGGCCCUGCAGACCAAGCUGGAGACCCUGAACAACCAGAACUCGGACUGCAAACAGCACAUAGAGGUGCUCAAAGAGUCCCUCACUGCCAAGGAGCAGCGCGCCGCCAUUCUGCAGACAGAGGUGGAUGCCCUGCGCCUGCGUCUGGAGGAGAAGGAGUCUUUCCUGAACAAGAAGACCAAGCAGCUGCAGGACCUGACGGAGGAGAAGGGCACGCUGGCUGGAGAGAUCCGUGACAUGAAGGACAUGCUGGAGGUCAAGGAGAGGAAGAUCAACGUCCUGCAGAAGAAGAUUGAGAAUCUGCAGGAGCAGCUGCGUGAUAAGGACAAGCAAUUGGGGAACCUGAAGGACAGGGUGAAGUCCCUACAGACUGACUCCAGUAACACUGACACGGCCCUGGCCACCCUGGAGGAGGCACUCUCUGAAAAGGAGCGUAUUAUAGAGAGACUGAAGGAGCAGAGAGCGAGGGAGGACAACGAGAGGAUGGAUGAAGUGGAGUCUUAUAAGAAGGAGAACAAGGACCUCAAGGAGAAGGUCAACACCCUGCAGCUGGAAUUAACAGAGAAGGAGUCCAGUCUCAUUGACUUAAAGGAGCACGCCUCAUCCCUGGCCUCCUCCAGCCUGAAGAAGGAAUCCAAGCUCAAGUCUCUGGAGAUCGCCAUCGAGCAGAAGAAAGAGGAGUGUAGUAAGUUGGAGACACAGUUACAGAAGGCCCACGAGGUCCACGAGGUCCAACAGCAGCAGCAGAUGGCGGGGCUGGGCUCCAGGGGGAACCCAGACUACGUGGAGCGGGAGCGGGAACAGCGGGUCAAGCUCCUGGAGAAGGAAGUGUCCUACUACAAGGAGGAGUCUGGCAAGGCACAGGCGGAGGUGGAGAGGCUACUAACCAUUCUCCGAGAGGUAGAGAGCGAGAAGAACGACAAGGACAAGAAGAUCGCCGAGCUGGAGAGGCAGGCCAAGGAGCAAGUUACUAAGAAGGGGGGUCCCAACCUCAAACUAGGCCCCCAGGGGGACAAGAAGCCUGGUCAGAUAAUGGGGGAUCCUCGAAAGGACAACACCAUGGACUCAGGCCAGCAUGUAAAGCUGGAGGAGAUGAUGAAUACCCUGGAGAGGACCAGACAGGAGCUGGACGCCACCAAGCAGCGCCUCUCGUCUACCCAGCAGUCCCUGCAGGAGAGAGACGGUCACCUGACAAACAUGAGGCAGGAGCGCAGGAAACAGUUGGAGGAGAUCCUGGAAAUGAAGCAACAGGCCCUGCUGGCAGCGAUCAGUGAGAAGGACGCUAACAUCGCUCUGCUAGAGUUGUCUGCCUCUGGGAAGAAGAAGACCCAGGAAGAGGUUUUGGCUCUGAAGAGGGAGAAGGACAGACUGAUGCACCAACUCAAACAGCAGGUCAGAACUGGAGACAAAACGCAGAGCAGGAUGAAGCUGAUUGCAGACAACUAUGAAGAUGACCAGUACCAACCCCAUCCUCCUCACCACCCACACCACCGCGGAGGACCAGGGCCUGCCAGAGGACCCCCCCAUGCCGGCCAUCGCCCCUCCCCUGACCAGGAUGACGAGGAGGGCAUUUGGGCGUAA